UUUUUGUUGCACACUUUUGGGACUUGACUUGCUUUAAUCCCGUGGCUAUUCUUGGGACUUGCCCCCAUUCUUUUGCCUACUUUUACGACUGGUUUUUUAUAUUCUGACAUCAACUCAGACGUUCAAGAAUUUGUUAAAUAAUCCGUCCUCGUGCUCCCACUAGUGGAGGGAAUUUAAAAAAGGCUUUCGGAUAAUUGCCGCCGUUUGGUUCUUCAAAAAAAAAAGGCCGACUCUUAUUUUUGACCUACGGAAAUUCAACCUUUGAGCAAUCCUGCUACAUUUACUUCUUUCUUUUUUUUGUUUUGCUUUCGGACGCUUCAUUUCUGCGCUGCAGAAUGGCAACCGAAACGGAACAAAUCAAGGCUGAAGAGCCUUCACUGGUAGACGGUCACAAUAACUUUAGAUUAUUCGGCGACAAGUAUGACUCGGAUGGCUCUGAAGUAUGGUCCGAUUUCUCCGAUAACGAAGACCAUAGCGCUGCCGUCUUUAUGCGCCAUCCACUGGUUAAGUUUCAACCAAAAAUAGAGCUUUUUCUUGAAAGUGAGCCUUUUACGUAUCCAGUGCUUGUGCCAACGAGCUCGUCCGAGACGGAUCCAUCCGUCUCCUCCCCGGAAAAACCCAGCCUUGAUACAUUCUCAGCGUCAAGCGAUAUCCCUCACUUGUCACUCCCAGCGCACGAACCCAAGCGUCGCGGUCGUCCUCCCAAAAGCCGCGGCGGCGUCCCAACAUCGGCUGCGCAGACUGAAAUCACCUCGACGCACCCCGCAGCAGCAGAAACUUCACACAGCGAAAUCCGGCGUUCUGCACGAGUCACUGAAAAGAUAAAGUUCCGUGAACGGAUGCGAGAACAUGAGGAGCUCAUGGGUCGCUGGCAUCAGCAGGGAACAUCUGAAGAAACGUCCAGAGUACUUACAAGGAAACGCGGCCGACCGCCAAAAGCUCGAUCCGAUUCGGAACCUCAAUCAAGGUCGCCCAAAAAGUUGAAAGAAGCGAAAAAGCCUGGAAUUAUUUCCGACGGUCGCAAGACUUUCCCAACGGCUGUACCUGGUCAGCUACCUCCCGCCACAUCCAGUCCACCUGAAGAUCGUUCAUGGUUCUCCUACAACCGACCCGGAGAGCUUGUCUGGGCUCCGAUGAAUCAUCCCGCAUCUACCGAUAUGGAUGCUAAGAGAAUGUGGCUUUGCCAGGUCAUUGCAAGAUGGGAUACUAAAGGUCAAAAACCACUUCAAGCCUUAUCAUCAAUUGUCCAAGAAAAGUACUUUGACUUGACUCCUAAAAGACCCCGUUGCAAACGUACUUCGGACGUUCUCGAUACCCUAGAAUCACCAUCCAAAAGAGCGAAAACCGAGAAGGCCUUGCCAGACGGCGAAACAGCAUCAUCCACAAUCAAAAAUUCAUCCACACCGGCAGCAUCACCAUCAUCCUCAUCGUUACCUGGACCUUCAUCGCAACCUAUAUUCAAAGAGCCAUAUCCUAUUCCAAAGCAGAAGCGCCCGCAACAACCGCGCGAACGUACUCCUUACGCCAUUGAACCUGAAUUAGAAUCAAUUGAAGAUGUACGUGCAUCCUAUUCCAAAGGGUCCAAGGGCUAUAAGGGCUGGAUAUGGGGUUGCCUGAGCCCAGAGGAUGUGAAGGGUAUUGGUCCAGAGGACCUGUGGGAAUUUGACCACAAGCGAACCCGCUCCAGUGUCGUCGACACUAGCAGUAAGAAGAGGAAGCGUAAGGAGGGUUCAGCGUCCGGCAAGGGAAAAGGAAAAGGCGUGCAGCAGUUUGUUGAACAAGACUACCAGCAAAAGAAAAACAAGGCGGAUGAAUCUGAUGAAUCUGAAGGAAAGGAAGGAAAGGACCAGGAACUUGACGGUGGAGAGGAAGCAAGUGACGUUAGCGAAAGUAAGAUAUCCGAAGCAGGGAGCGAGGUCAGUUUGCUGGACACCAUCCAAAAGGAAGACAAACGGGAAGAGCCUGGUUUACAACCGUCCGCGGCUCCUGCUGCUGAAGAGGCGGCAUUUCUACCUUCAUCAACGCCUGGGCACCACUACAUUCUCCGCCUUCUUCCACAUGCCCCUUUACUGACCUUGCCAACGCCACGCCGUCUUCAAGAUGCCAACUACCAGGGCGAAUAUUACAUCCAAUGUCCAGCAUCAAAGGUUGUCCCGUACCUCAGCCAAAAGCCCCAUAUCACCGAUGACGCAGUUUUCAACCGUGCCGUCACCCAAGCCAUAAGCUUGAGUACGGGGUGGGCCGCGCCGGACGAGCAUCACACCGCCGAAAGAAGGUGGACCAAAUCUCCAACAGGAUUUGGCGAUGUCGUUGACAUUUUUCUCAACGUGGAUGUGACUUUGAAAACCGUGAAAGCAGCAAAGAAAACCAAGGACGGUGCUGGGAAAGUUCCAGAGAGCAGCUUAGUGGCGGGAGAGGGUGAGAGCACUGCCACGGACUCGGAAAUCGAUAGCCAACGAGUUUCCCCCAUCAAACCCGGAUUCGUAGAAACUAGCAUUAAGCAUGUGCGCUUGGGCGCCGAACGCAUCAGCGUGGGCGAGCUGAUUCGGCUGGUCAAACCCUUCCGCCAACGCGGCCGUCCUUCCCCUAUUACCCGGGACCCCACUGAAGUCCAAGAACAAUUUGAAUACAUGGAGGUGACUAGCAUCACUCAUGUCCAUCCCGAACAACUUUCCAGUCCUACUGGCCUCAAAAAGGACAAUGACGACAUCCCAAACUCGACGGUGCGGCUUACCGGAAAAAUCUACGUCCGUGUUGAUGCUGAGACGAAUAUAGUGCUCAGCCAUAUCGAUCAGAGGGCAUCAAAGUGGGUGAAGACGGGGGAGCUGAGGACGGUGGACCGAGAGCGGGUGGGAGGCAGAUAUUAUGAACAAGUCUAUGUGGCCGGGCGCAUGCCGAUUGUUGAGGAGCAGACGUGGGAUGGAGAGGUGAGAAAGUCCAAAUUGACAAGGAAGGUUGCUGUAUUGAAGACGGGACGAUGAGGAGAUGGCAAAUGCAAUUUAUACCGAGAUGAUCUUUUCUUAUUUAUUCUACAGUAGUUUUAUUUAUUUUUUUUAUUGCAUUGGACGAUACCCACACAAUACACAAACACCAGAUAUCAGAUGGAUUCAGUUGCUGUCUAUUGAUUAACCUGGAAAUUUUAA